CACCACCUGCCACCAAAAGCCAUGGAUCUCUGCCGGCCCAUCGAAAACACCCACCUGCCUGCAACACCUUCCACGACCACCCCAAAAGCAGCGUGACCUGCUAUCGGAGGCCCAGCAAAGCGGCCGUCUCCUUCCUCUCGCUCUUGCUUUCCGUCGACACGCUGUCUUGGGACAUGCUCGAUUUGCUGCACCGCGACACGAACGGAAUGAGGUAGCCUUCCGACCGCUCUCAGCUCCUGACAGGACUGAGCCUGGCACAGCGACUGCUUCUUUGGUUUGGGAGUUCCAUUCCCAAAUCAGUCUUGUGUUGUGGGAGUAUCUUGCUCGGCAACGCGGCAGUCUAGAUCUACGGCCUCUACUUCCCCCGCCGCAUCGCCGAAACCAGCGAUUCCUGUCGAUUGAGGUCCGGUCCCGACUGUACUGUAAUACAACUAUUUUCGCGGCGCGGCGUGAGAUACCCUAUGAACGGCGAGCGUCGCGUCCCCGCUGGCCCGAGAAGGGAGAACCAGUCGCCCACCAGGAGAUCGCUGAAUGCCAGUCCCACCAAGAUCGGCUCCAUCCGCCGACCCACUACAGACGCCCCAAUGCUUAGCGCUUCGUCCUCAAACAACCACUCUCUAUUUUCUUUUGGCGGCAGAAAUGGCCUCUCCGACGACGUAGCCGACGCCACCGCAUCAUUAGACUUCCUACCCUCUGUCAGCUUUGACGAUCUGCAGAGCAGCCUCGAGUCGGCCUCGACCGACUUCAAGCUGACCCAGUUUCCCGCACCCACAGGUCAAGGCGCUAUCCUGGCGGGUCGCAGCCUGGCCGCGGGCAACAACAACAUGGUAGAGCGUCCCGACAUGACACGGCACGCCGCAAGCAGCCAUGUACCCCCUCAACAACCCCCCUUGACACGGUCCCGGACCGGCUCGAUUUUGAGGAGGCCGAGCACUUCAGGCAGACAGCCCGGCACGGCGCCGACAGCGCCCUCUAACCCCGGGGUUCCCAAUGCUCCUACCGCGCCGGCAGCCAUGCGCUCACGUCGCCAGAGCCACUACCCCCCGGUCUCCAAUCCGAACCCAAACAUCAUCAAGCCGCCCAGGAGAUCGGCCGACAGUGUCGUGCUUGGAGGAGAGUAUGAGGGGAGGAAACGGAGACCCAGCGUGGUUUCCUUGUCGGAUAGGAACGGGCGCUCAUCUAUCGAUGGUUUAUCUCGGCCUCUGACCGAUACAACUCGGGCUUCUGCCAGUUCUCGAAGCUCAAAGGCGAGGUCCGCGCAACCGCCCCCCAGAGCCAGCCAGGCCAUGCUCACUCCAGACACGAGCACUCUGGCUGCAGAUCAAGGCAACAUAUCAAUGGCGUUGCCGCGGUCUCCUAGGGCUACUGCAAAGGGCCUGAACCCGAGCUCCGCGAAGCGCGCGUCAGUGAUGCCAGGGGUUCCCCAUGUCUCGGGCCUCGGCGCGAGAACUAUUAGCCCUACAGACGCAAAACGUAUGAAGCGCCUCUCUACGAUGCACCAGACUCAAGGUGCCGCUCAAAGUCUGUCAAAUCCGCCGCCAUUGUCAGCCGAUAUUCGCUCAGCAUCUCGCUCCCCUUCCAUGCUACCGCGCAAGAUCUCAACCCCCUCGUCUUCGCGUACCACACCUGAUUUGAACAGGAAGUCCUAUAGUUCGGGUCUUUCGGUCACCUCGAAUGCCAGCUUCAACACCACGGUACGCACAUCGACUGGUUCAAUCCAACAACGUAAUCCACAGGGUGUUGGCUCCAAACUGCCGGCGCCGAAGGCUUUGAGCCUCCACAACUCGGCUGGACACGAUGAAGAUGAGGAUGUGCCACCAGUCCCAGCAAUACCAAAGGCAUACGAAUCGCCCAAGGAUCCUCUUGCUGAGGCGGCCUUUUUGGAGAAGAGGAAAUCAAAUCUGGGGUUCGACGCUAGCAGCAUACACAGCAACUCAACGGGAAGUGUGUCCGGGGGCCAACUGAGUGAGGCGCCGCCCAUCAAGAUCCAACGGAGACCAAGCCAUCGCAAAUCGGUUCAUACAUCCAAACUGGAUUUGGAGAAGAAGGCUGCAGAAGCGCAAUCCAGAAAGACGUUGCAGCCAUUAAGGUUGCCGCCGAUCACCUUGGGUCCGCUGAGCACACCCACAGCCGCGAAAAUAGCGGCCCUCCAGGAACAGGGCUCGUCGGAGAGGAAUGCCUCCCCUACACCUCCGAGAGUGAUAGCUAAGACGCCUACGACGCCCAUGACAGCGUCAAAAGGCACUUUCUUCACUAGAACACGACCCGAGGAUAGGACCGACGUUCAACACCUAAGAAGUAGCAGCUCCAUACAUCGAUUCAAACGGGAAAGCCCAAUACCAUUGCCAGAGUCGACGAGCUCAUCCGAAUCCUUCGCGGCCGUAAAACCUGGGGACCAAAGGUCGGGAUCUUCUCCUUUCCUAAGCUCAUCUGCGCCCAAGGGAGGAGGAUACUUGGAGUCAGCGUUCCUCAAGCGGUCAAAGACCGGAGGCGACUUCACGCUCCCACUAGAUGCUGCACCCGACACGCCGGCCCAUUCAAGUAAGCCCUCUGGGCCCCGUGCGCCAAAGCCAGCCACCAGCCGACCCGCUGGCGGGAAAUCACCGCCACCACUUUCGAGCCCGGAGGAGCCCCCAACCCCUUCAUCCAUGACCUCCCUGAGGCGGAAGCUGAGUCUAUCAUGGAAGCGAAGUGCCUCUAAGAAUGGCGGCGCCCAACCUCAGGGGGAUCGCGGCGAGCAGAACAAUAUCAAGCACGAGUCAAUGCCCCCUCCCCGCCUCCCAGCAUCGGCGACGCUCAACAGUAUCAACAUUGGAAAGACUUCGAGCCCCCCCGUUCUACCUAAGGCUAGUGGAACAGGGACAUACCUGGAAUCCAGGAGGAGGAAGAGCUCUACCUCGAGCCUGAACGCCAUCAUUUCGCAAGAACGUGGUCGUGGCGACGGCCCGAACGGGGCAGCCAAGGAAGCAACGCUUGACACAGUUGCCGAGCAGCAGGCUGGGCAUAUUCCUUACAGCUCGUCUGUUGUGCAGAAGAUUUUGAAGCCUAAACCCUCGGCCGCUACCCUGCGCCACCACGAUGUUUGGACAGCAGAUUUGGAUAAGGACGACUUGAUUGCAGAGGAGGAGAUGAAGAAGCUUGGCUCUCGGCGUAAGGACACCGAGUUGGCCGCUCGGACAUUGGAUGCGCUCCGGAAGCGCGCCACUGCUAAGGAGCGUGUGAGCCCCCAAGAAGCCAUCCGGAUUGCUGUGCUCAACAUCUAUGAGCGGGGCGAGAUUGUGGAUUAUAAGGAUGUCUACUUUUGCGGCACACAAAAUGCGGCCAAGGUUGUGGGCGAUGUGCAGUCCGAUAAACCAAACUACGGCUAUGACGAUGAGCGAGGAGACUACACCAUUGUACCGGGCGAUCAUCUGGCAUACCGCUACGAAAUCAUCGAUGUGCUUGGGAAAGGAAGCUUCGGGCAGGUGGUCCGUUGCAUCGACCACAAGACUGGCGUUCUGGUUGCUGUCAAGAUCAUCCGCAACAAGAAGCGGUUUCAUCAGCAGGCUCUUGUCGAAGUCAACAUUCUGCAAAAACUGCGCGAAUGGGACCCGAAGAACAAGCACAGCAUGGUCAACUUCACCCACAGCUUUUACUUUCGCGGCCAUCUGUGCAUCUCUACCGAGCUCCUGGACAUGAACCUCUACGAAUUCAUCAAGUCCAAUGCUUUCCGGGGCUUUUCUCUCAAGCUGAUUCGCAGAUUCACAAAGCAGAUGCUUAGCUCUCUCAACCUGCUGAAACAGCACAAAGUCAUCCAUUGCGACCUGAAGCCGGAAAAUAUCCUCCUACGCCAUCCACUGCACUCGGAGAUCAAGGUCAUCGACUUUGGCUCUAGCUGUUUCGAAAACGAAAAGGUGUAUACCUAUAUCCAAUCAAGGUUUUACCGCUCCCCUGAAGUCAUCCUCGGCAUGACCUAUGGCAUGCCCAUCGACAUGUGGUCACUCGGCUGCAUUCUCGCCGAGCUCUACACCGGCGUGCCCAUCUUCCCCGGCGAGAACGAGCAGGAGCAGCUAGCCUGCAUCAUGGAAGUCUUUGGUCCGCCCGAAAAGCACCUGAUUGAAAAGUCCACGCGGAAGAAGCUGUUCUUUGACAGCAUGGGCAAGCCGCGACUCACUGUUUCGUCAAAGGGUCGGCGCAGACGUCCGUCGUCCAAGACGCUGCAGCAAGUGCUCAAAUGCGAUGAUGAGGCCUUCUUGGACUUCAUUGCCCGUUGCCUCCGUUGGGAUCCCGACCGGCGCAUGAAGCCUGAGGAAGCGAUCCGACACGAAUUCAUCACCGGCCAGAGGACGUCAGUCCCCGUCCCCCGCCGCGAUCCGUCCCCGAGCAAACGAGUCAACAGCCUCAGCUCUGCGCCUAGGCCGCUACCGGAGCCACCCGCGGCUGCCAAGACCAGUGUGUCGAUCCGCCCACGCGAUGCCUCGGGGUACAGCAACCCGGGCUCCAUGAAGCCCGGCCUUACCUAUUCAGCGUCGCGGCGGACAUCGGGUGUCAGCACGACAUCGAGCAUCUCGGGAGGCAUCUCCGGCACCAAGCGCACCAGCACCGGUACCGCCACCACGGGCAACAAUGCCGCCGCCGCCGCAUCAGCAGGCGGGAAUUUCAACGCGACGGGCUCCCUCACCAACAGCAGCCUCCCUAGGGCUUCGCUUCGUAGCGUGAGCGGCAGCAUGAGCGGCGUGGCUGGUGUGGGCGGCGGCGGCGCGAAGCAGGACCUUGCUGCCGCCGGCGCCACGGCUGCUAUGAGCCGGCGUGCUUAGGACACACCUGCGCUGCGCCGCGUUGGCGGAAUCGGCCUUGGCCUUUAUGGGCCAUGGAUCGACCGACAGUCUUGACUCUGAAUGCAAGGAAGGGACGGUUUGGAUGAGCAGUGUCGGCGUCGGUUCUGAAUGUUUUGAAUUUGCAAGCGCUGAAUUGGGGUUUGGCAGGAAAGCCGA